CGCAAAACACUAUUAGCUAGGUUGACACUCGCCAUGCCAGAGCGCCAGGUUGCAGAAAUCAAGGCUUUUGCGGAGGAUCCAAAGAACAAGAAGAAAGAGGAUGAUGACAGGGACAAGCUCAACCCUUCCAAACCCAAUGGCGACAAGAGAGACGAGGAGGAAGAGCUUUCGGAGGAAGAUGCACAGCUCAAGGCAGAGCUGGAAAUGCUUGUCGAGCGACUAAAGGAAUCAAACACGAACCUGUACCGUCCUGCCCUCGAAACUCUCCGAACACUCAUCAGGACUUCGACCUCUUCAAUGACGUCUGUUCCGAAACCACUCAAGUUUCUGCACCCGCAUUACCCAGGGCUCCAGAGCCUCUUUGAAACCUGGCCAACAUCGGAGGACAAGAGUCUCUUUGCAGAUAUUCUGUCCGCUCUUGCGAUGACCUACUCCGAUACACAACCUAGGGGUACCCUUCGAUAUCGUCUCAUAUCCGCCUCCCUCAUGCCUUCCUCCUCAACGAUCCCCGAACCUGGGUCGUGGGGCCAUGAAUACGUCCGACAUCUUGCGGCAGAGCUCGGGGAGGAGUAUACCAUCCGACAAGAAGGAGAGGAGUCCCCUAGCCCGGAGAAACCCAACGCAGAGCUAGUAACAAUACCGGGCUCCAUCGAAGAUUUACACGCGCUGGGACUAGAAUGUGCCAAAUUUUUCCUUGGCCAUAACGCAGAGCCAGACGCCGUCGAUCUUCUCGUGGAGCUGGAGAUCGUGGAUCGGAUAGCUGACCUUGUCGAUAUAAACACGUUCGGUCGGGUCUGCACGUACAUGGAUCGCUGCGUAAAUCUUUUACCCCCUCCGGACGAUGUUACCUUCCUGCGGACUAUACACAAAGUUUACCUCCAAUUCUCCAAAUUACCUGAAGCACUGAGCAUUGGGAUGCGUUUGAAUGACGCCGACCUCAUUCGAGAGGAUUUCAACGCGUCUGGGAAUCCGAUAAUGCGGCGCCAACUUGCGUUUCUGCUGGCUCGGUCGCAAAUUCCUGUUGAAUGGUUGCAUCCACCACCAUCUGAAGACGCUGACGGGGAGGCGGAGUUCCCAAAAGACAUAAUGGAAUGUCUAAGUAACACUAACCUAAGCAAGUUCUUUAAAGAAUUCGGAAAAGAACUUGGCGUUGCGGAUCCCAAGAGCUUAGAGGACGUGUAUAAAAGCCAUCUCGAGAACACCCGGGGAGGGCUCUCAGCGAAUGUCGACUCUGCACGGGGUAACUUGGCAGGCACCUUCGUAAAUGCGUUCGUGAACGCUGGCUUUGGGAACGACAAACUUAUGGUAGAAGCAGAGGAAGGAAACAGUUGGGUCUAUAAGAACAAGGAUCAUGGGAUGAUGAGCGCGGUUGCCAGUCUCGGUCUCAGUCUGCUCUGGGACACUGAUAUUGGUCUCAGUCACGUUGACAAGUAUACGUACUCGUCAGAAGAACACAUCAAAGCCGGUGCUCUCCUUGCCACUGGACUACUUAAUGCCGGCGUCCGUACGGAAGCCGAUGCUGCACUUGCCCUUCUCGGUGAAUACGUCACGAAUGCGUCGCUUUCUUUGAAAACCGCUUCAAUUGUCGGCUUGGGACUCGCAUACGCUGGGUCACAUCGGGAGGACCUGUUUAACAUUCUAUUACCUUUGGUCGCCGAUGAAGAUACGUCCAUGGAGGUCGCUUCGCUGAGUGCGCUCGCUCUUGGGUUUGUGUUUGUGGGCAGUGGGAACGGGGACAUCAUUAGUACCAUUUUACAAACUCUCAUGGAACGGGACGAGCGGGCGCUUGGCGAGAAGUGGGGUCGCUUUUUGGCAUUGAGUCUUGCCCUCUUGUUCGUUGGUCUGCAAGAUGCAUCCGACGCAACACUAGAAACGCUGAAGACCAUUGAGCAUCCCAUUUCUAAGCAGGCACAGAUUCUCGUUGAGAUAUGUUCUUUUGUGGCUACUGGAAAUGUCUUGCGCGUACAACGGCUCCUCCACCUGUGCGGAGAACAUCUGGAAGCUGUGAAAGAGAAGGAAGAAGCCCAAAAGGAAAAACAGAAGGAAAAGGCAGAGAAGAAAGAAGACAGCAAGGAAGAAAGUAAACCGGAUGACACCUUCCGAUCAUUUGCCGUCCUCGGUAUUGCAAUGAUUGCCAUGGGAGAGGAGAUUGGGGCGGAAAUGUCCAUGAGGCAGUUCAAUCAUUUGAUGCAUUAUGGUGACCCGAUUAUCCGCAAGUCUGUUCCUCUUGCUCUGGGUCUUAUCAGCGCCUCCAAUCCACAACUCACCGUCCUUGAUACGCUGUCCAAGUACAGCCAUGAUAGCGACUUACAGGUUGCUUUGAACGCCAUAUUUGCUAUGGGCUUAGUUGGCGCUGGUACGAACAAUGCACGGCUGGCGCAGAUGCUUCGCCAAUUGGCGGUGUACUACUACAAAGAACCUGACUGCUUGUUCGUGGUACGCGUAGCUCAGGGCCUGGUGCAUAUGGGCAAGGGCACCAUAGGAAUCAACCCUUUCUUUAGCGACCGUAACAUAUUGAGUCGACCGGCCGUCGCUGGCUUACUGGCAGCAAUAAUGGCAUUCACAGAUGCAAAAGCUUUCGUGCUUGACAAGUACCAUUGGAUGCUGUACUUCCUGGUGACUGCCAUGUACCCGCGGUUCCUCAUCACCCUUAACGAGGAUUUGGAAUCUCUUCCUGUUACAGUCCGCGUUGGCCAGGCUGUGGAUGUUGUCGGUCAAGCAGGCAAACCCCGAACUAUCUCGGGUUUCCAGACCCAUCAGACUCCUGUGCGGUUGGGUACCACCGAGAGAGCUGAGUUGGCAACAGAAGAGUACAUUCCAUACGCACAUGUGCUAGAAGGGUUUGUCGUUCUGCGGAAGAACCCGGGCUGGGAGGAGACGAUGCAGCUGUAGUUCCAAAAUACAUAUAUAGUGCUUGUACGCAUUGUUAGAUUACAUUGAUUUUAUCAAGGCUCGCUUUCUGAAGCAGCCCUUCGGGGCAUUCUUUGGGCAUGGGGC